UUCCUCUACACGCGCGCGUGACAGACGUUAUUAGUCCUAUAUCAGACAAAUGUUUUAAAUCUACCGGUUCAUUCAAAGAACGCGCCAACCUGUCGCUUGAAGUACCCUUCAUUCAUUCUCCCUCCUGCUGGCCCAGAUAACAACCUUUGGAAAACAGCCUUAAAAAUCAGCUGUGUCUGAAAUUCUCCGAAAAUUCUUCCAGAUUUGUCUCUGCACACCCCAAAGUGAAAACCCAUCUAUUUGUCCUUUCAAUUAGUUAGUAUUAACUAUCAAGUAUUAUAUCUACAAAGCUAAAAGGCUUAAGCCAAAAAUUUUACCUUUCCAAAUAUAGCAAUCAAUCAAAAACAAAUCCUCUAGAUUCAUGGCUACCGAUAAUUCCAUAAUUGAAGACCCAAAUACAAAAACAAACAAAGAAGCCAACCUAAAUCUUGAUCAUCCUUCAAUAAAUUCUCAUUCACCAACUUUUUUCUUACACAACGGCUUCAGUUCAUCUCAGGUUUCAGACAUAGAGAUGAUCACGAUGCAGUCCGUUUCUUACACGAGUUUGAAGGACUUGUUGCCUACACAAACUCCAGCGAUCGCAUCACCAACGCAUAAUUCAAGUUGGCAUGAAAUUCCCAUCAAGAAUCCACUUGUUAAGCAUGCUGCGUUGGCUUAUUUGCUGCCCAUGUCGAGUCCACCGGAGGUCGGAGAAAAGGGUUUGUUUGGAAGGCUUAAGGAAAGGUGCUGCGGUGAAUGUGGGUGCGUUUUGUGGUUAUAUGAUGUCGUUUGGAGGAGCGUCAAGGAGGCGUUUUGGGAGAGGAGAGAAGAGGUUUACGAUGAUUAUUAUGACGAUGAUGAAUACAAAGUUGACUGAAACUGAGAUGGCAGCUCCCUCCUUUUUUUUUUCCUAUCUCAGUGGCGGUUGAGGUUUGACCGGUGGAUAGUGGUUCAAUUUGUAAAUAGAGAUUCAUUUUUGGGUUUUUCAUAAAAUUUUUUUGGCUUCUUGCUUUUGUAAGUACGGAAAAAAUCAUUGAAAUAUUCAAUGUUAACAGUUCAACAUACUUGA